AUGCACAGUCACACAUUCCGCUGCCUCAUUGAAGGCAACAACAAGGUUUUCAAGGUUGAAAUCGCCACCGACGAGGAUAUAUCUGACUUGAAAGACAAAGUUCACGAGAAGGGCAUUGGGCAGCGCCCAGUUCUUGCCAAAGACCUAACCCUUUUAAAGGUUGAAAUUGACCUUAUGCCACAUACUACCGCAGAGUCCUUAAGUCAAGUCGCAAUCAACCCGGUUGGCACUGAAAUGUUAGACUGGAUGGAGAUUUCGGAAGUCUGGCAGGAACCGCCUGCCCGCCGUGCACUCCACAUUAUUGCCAAAAUCCCACCCGCUACUGUCUCUCCAUCUACAUCCCAGGAUUCCAACCUGUCACAGGAAUCGCUGCAAAACUGGUUGGCUGAGCUUCAUCAGAAGCUGUGGGGAAAGGGCCAUCUGUUUGGCAGUAUCUUUCGCACAGUGACUUUGACAACAAAUGACUUCGUGGAACUACAGCUUGAACUUCAAAGCGUUAAUCCAUCUCGGACUGAACCAUCUUACAAGGCACAUGAUGUCUUGAAAGUUAAGGCAGAAUUCUUGCAUAGGAAGAGUUGCGAGGCCACGUGGGAGCCAAACACUGACGAGUUAGUGCCCUCGGUGUCCAGAGUCGUCACCUCCCCCAGUACCCUGGACGAUGCUAUGGAUGUCGAUGCCAAUCCUGCACCAGAACCCGACAAUUGUCCUAGCUACAUUAUCGCCGAUGCUAAAGAGCUUUCAAGUUUCACGGGGUCGACUGCAGUCUUCCCCUGCACUAUUCGAUACAUGGACUUGACCACCUUCGACCUGAAGAUUCCCACUUUGAAGCGACUAACACUUAUCCGGGACGAAUGGAAUACCAUGAUCGACCUGUUCAAUGGCAGGAAACGAGGUGUCCUUGGGAGUGCGGUCUUCACAGGUUCGCCAGGAAUUGGCAAAACGUGUCUCCUAUAUUACAUCUUAAUCCUUUGCUUUAUCAAGGCCCAACCGGUCGUAUUUCAAGACACAUGUGGGGAUGUAUACCUCAUCACAGAUGAGGUUCGAUCCCAAUCAAGAGACAUAAGGAUUGCAGGAGACGAUGUUCUGACCCUUAUUGAUGCGGACGGUUCAACCUGUCAACCUUACAAAUACAUCUUUCAUAACACCAACCUUUACGUACUGUUGACAUCGUCGCCAAGGUCCAGAAAGGAUCGAAAAUGGCUCAAAAGUGGAUUGUGUUCCUCUCUUUGGUCCACCGCUUAUUUUUUUAGGCUGUUCAUAGCAGAAAAAGACAUCACAUUAAGCCGAUUUUGGAAGACCUACAAGAUCUGCGGAUCUGUGCCCCGCCAGUUUUUGCAUGCCGCCGAGUCGUGCGAAGCGCGGAAAACUGUCCAAACGGAAAUAUCGGAUGUCAUCCAAAAAAGUAAGGAUGUCAAGGCUGCCAUGGAUGGCGUUGUUGGAGAUGAGGUCGUGCCGCAUCGCGCAUUUGCUGUAUACCCCAGUACCAAGGUGAGGCUUUUAACUGGUUGCCAUGUCAAAGCAAUCUCAAAAGGCGCCAUGAACACAAUCAUCAAGGCCUUGCAUAAAGAGAGCACAGAGACUGUGCUCGAAUUGUAUCAAAGUAUCCGGGGGUCUCCUAAAGCUGCCACUUUUCGCAGCAAUUUAUGGGAGCUCAAAGCACACUGGUACCUCCCCUACCGAGGUGGUUGUUCGUUCACGAUUCAAUCUCUUGAGAAUGGACCAGACGGCCAAUUGGAUCUCCUGAAAAAUUUAGAACAUUUUGUCUUUGGACCACCCCUGGAGCUGUCGAGUAAGAUUGCAGAUUGCAUGGAUGCAAGGCAGUCCAUCUAUCUUCAACCUAUCUCAGACAACUUUGCAUCCCUCGACGCUAUCAUCUUCCAACCGCAGAGACCUUUGGUCGGCAUUCAAGUAACGAAUGCUUUGACUCAUCCUAUCAAGACUAAAGGUCUGAAGGCUCUCCAGUCACACCUGAGUCUCAAUAACGAAUUGCUAUCUCCCCUUCGACCUACUCCCAAAGAACCUUGGCCAAUAAUUUUUGUGGUUCCGGCAAAGAUGGAGAGAUCUUUUACCAAACAGAGUAUCGAAGGAGAUGCCAGUGCCACAUGGAGGAAGAAGACGGUUCAUCGGCAUGCUUUCUGUCUUUGUCUCGUGACGGAUAACCAGAAUGACCUCGCACGUCAAGAUGGAAUCCACAUAUCGGGUUAUUCGAAUCGGUGUCAAAUUCUACAGACGAACAAGGGACUUACGGGAUAG